AUGUCUUGUUAUCGUAAUUGUGUUUGGGAUACAUAUUAUUGGAGAUUUUUAGAUGAUGAUGAAGAAAAUAGUGAACAAUACGGCGAAUUACUAUUAGCACGUCGUCAAUAUAAAAUGCGUGUUCGAAUAAAUAUUGAUAAUUGGGACGAUCUGGAUUUCUUUAUGAGAUUUCGUCUUCAGAAGAGUACGGUCAGGAUGAUACUGGAUAUCAUACAACCUUCUUUAGAAAUCGAUGAGACAAGAUCGCGUUAUAUUCAGCCAUUAGUACAAUUAUUGGUGGCUCUUCGAUUCUACGCACUAGGGUCGGUGCAGAUAGCCGUCGCUGAUUUUGCUGGUAUUUGCAUUUCUUCUGUGUGUCGUAUCAUUCGUCGUGUAUCUUUUGCGUUAGCUCAAUUAUGGUCGCGGUUUAUCAAGAUGCCGAAAACGCAGCAUGAACUACAUGCAGCAAGUCGUGAGUUUUACUCAAUCGCAAAAUUUCCUCGAACAAUUGCUUCAAUUGAUUGUACGCACGUCAAAAUACAAUCACCUGGUGGUGAUCAUGCCGAAAACUACAGAAAUCGAAAAUCAUGGUUUUCGAUAAACGUGCAAACAGUCAGCUCUGCAAAUUUGAAAAUUUUGAAUAUUGUCGCAAGGUGGCCUGGAGCAUCCCACGACCAACACAUCUUUAAUAACUCUUCACUGAAGAUGCAGCUUGAGCGAGGAGAUUAUGGACACUUUAUAAUCGUAGGCGAUUCCGGGUAUCGUAAUACAAAAUAUCUGGCAACACCGUUUCUUAGAUGUGAAACCGCAGCCGAAAAUUUGUAUAACGAAAGUCAAAUCCGUACUCGUAAUGUUGUGGAGCGAUCAUAUGGUGUUUGGAAGCGACGAUUUCCAGUACUUUCUUUGGGAAUGCGUGUGAUAAUUUCUACAGUACAGCUAAUAAUUGUUGCAUGUGCAGUGUUACAUAAUAUAGCAAUCGAUGCCAAAGAGGAGGUUCCACCACCAGAGAUAGAAGGAUUUGAAGAAAUGUUAGCUGCAACAGUGGUUCCGAACGCUUCAAACACAGAGAUAAAUGAUGCAGGUUGUGUUCGCGAUCACUUGGUUCAAAACUAUUUUGCUCAACUGUAAAAGGAUCUUACGUAAAUAAAAGAC